GCUAAUCGGUCACGUGACCUGGGAGCAACAGUAUAUUGUGUUGGUGUGAAAGACUUCAAUGAGACCCAGCUGGCUAGAAUUGCCGACAGCAAAGAUCAUGUCUUUCCAGUGAAUGACGGUUUUGAAGCCCUUCAGGGGAUCAUAGACUCUAUUUUGAAGAAAUCCUGUAUAGAAAUUCUGGCAGCAGAGCCUUCCAGUAUAUGUGCAGGGGAGUCGUUUCAGGUUGUCGUGAGAGGAAACGGAUUUCGACAUGCCCGUAAUGUUGACAGAGUGCUCUGCAGUUUCAGGAUAAAUGACACAGUUACUCUCAAUGAGAAGCCUUUUGUAGUAGAAGAUACCUACUUACUCUGUCCAGCACCUGUGCUACGAGAAGUUGGCAUGGAAGCAGCUCUCCAAGUCAGUAUGAACGAUGGUCUGAGCUUCAUCUCCAGCUCCGUCAUCAUCUCCAGCACGCACUGUUCAGAUGGGACGAUCCUGGCUAUCGCUUUGUUGAUCCUCUUCCUCCUGCUGGCGUUGGUUCUUCUCUGGUGGUUCUGGCCUCUUUGCUGCACAGUGAUCAUCAAAGAGCCUCCCCCCCCUCCUGCAGAAGACAGCGAG